GCGUAGCAGGAAGAACAGGUGCAGACCAACUCGCUGGGGAGAUCUUCGCGUCCCUUUCUCACUCGUAGUCAAGCAGCCGAAUUGCAGGAACGUGUUUCUUGCCACGAAUAUCGCCGAAACUUCUUUGACAAUUCCCCACGUGACCGCCGUAGUUGACGCCGGUUUCUCACGACAGGUGCAAUUCGAUCCGUCCACGGGGCUGCGUGGGUUGCGGACCGUCUGGGCAAGCCAAACCUCGGCCGAGCAGCGUCGCGGCCGCACUGGUAGAACCUGUUCUGGGGUUUGCUAUCGACUGUACCCCGAGAGCAUUUACCGAGAGGUGAUGCCAAGUAGGCAAGAUGCGCGUUCUUGUUCCACUCGGGAGCAGCGUAACGCAGUACUAUGCUCGGCAAAGUUUCUUCUCCGGCUGGAAAGUCUGCAUGAUUGGGUCUUUGCGGUGAAGCGACGAAAGCUUGGUGCGCGGAGCAUGCUGCGGCCGUCGCACUUUCCGCAGGCGCGGGCACGAAAAUCCGUUCAACCGAUGGCUCACGAAGCAGGCGGCGAGAAAUCUACAGGUACGUCCCGACCUGUGCCGCCGGUGGGAAAAAAUGAAGUUCUCGACCAGCGAUUUCCCUCCAGACUUUGCCGCGUGGCCAUGGAGCUCUUCACCACGCCACUGCGGGAAGCCCUCUUGCGUCCCCUAGUGUAUUACCAAUCGCUUGGCCUGCUGCAGCGCGUCGUGGGUGGACGAGUAGGAGAAGACGAUAGCGAGUGCACUUUGCGGAGCCGCCCGAAAACGAAACCAGUUCCUCCUGGAUAUAAAAGUGCGGGUAUCAUGACUGCCGAGGAUCACAAAUCGCAGAAGAUUAUAGCCGAGAAAAUAAAUAGCACUCUGUUCUCCACACAUUCGUCUAAGACCACAAACUUUCACGUUGAUUACCAGGUAACGCUGCUUGGACGUUUUUGCGCAACGCUGCCGUUGGAUCUUUCAGGAGCUCGCUUCCUGCACGUCGCCAUUUUACACAAGCACGUCGGGAUGGGGUUGCUGCUUGC